AUGUCUGUAUUUCGACUUGCUACGUUAAAUGUACAUUCUUUUAUUGAUUCGCAAGCUACAUCCAACAUUGAGCGUUUAGCACAAUUACUCAAACCAUUGGCACUCGAUGUUUUAGCGGUACAAGAGGCUUGCCAUACUCCAGAUAAUCGCCGUAACCGUGCACAGACUGCCUUUGUAGAAACGCGUUAUCAUUCUCAAGUAUUAUCCGAAUUACUUCAACUAUCAUAUAAAGUAUUCGGUGAUAACGUUCGAAAUUUUGGUAACGGCAUUUUAUCACGGUAUCCAAUUACGAACGCUUCCAAUUAUCAAAUAGAGCCACAGGCUAGCGAAGCUGUUAGAGGUAUGCUAACCGUUGAAGUGGACAAUGAAUUUUGCAAAGAUAAUAAGGCUACAAUUCAUGUGACACAUUUUUUAGAUCAUAUUAGUGAGCACAGGCGAUUGUCACAAUUACAUCUCUUUGACAAACACGUUUUAACAACCGCUCAAAAUAGUAGGCACUUGCAACUAUUAUUAGGCGAUUUUAACUCACUGACGUUUGAGGAUUAUUCUCAAAAUUAUUUUGACCAAAAAAUUCGUCAAGUUCGCGACCAAAACCUAUGGGAACCGCCCUAUGAUCUAGUGAUCAAGAAGAUUAAAGAAAGUGGUUUUCAAGAUUGUUUUAAACACAUGAAUAAAGAGAUGAAAAAUGAACAGUUAGCGACGUGUGCAUAUUCAACAAGAAUCGAUUAUAUCUGGAUGAGAGGAGAAUUAAAGAACGGAUGGCAAUUACAAGAAUGUAAAAUAUUUUCAACAGAAAAUGCAACUGAUCACAACGGUAUAUUACUAGUUGAUUCCUAA